CAUCACCCAACUCGAACGUCGCCAUGGCCAGCUCCGAACGGGAUUCUACCGUGAUCGUCCCCGAUAACCUCGAGGAGGUGCGGGCGAGGCUCGAGGCUAGGAGGAAGAAGCAGCUCGAGCGCGCAAUCGCAGCUCGUGCCGAUUACGAGAAACGAAUGGAGGAGGAGAAGGCGGCAGCGGCCAAGCGGGCGGAGGAGGCUAAAAACCCUCAGAAGAACAAGGCCGACGGGAAGAAGGAGUAUCCCAAGCCCAAGCCACAGGGCGAGAUGAGCCCGACGCAGCAACAGAAGCAGAACGGCCAGGGGAAGAAGGGCGGGUCCGCGCCGGGCGUCAGCGCCAAAAUUAUCGCCAAGAAUCCCGCGGCUGCCGCGCCGAAGGCUUCGGCGAUAGACGCCAACGCCAAGUUCCUCGCCGCCGCAGCAGCUCGCGCCGCCUCGGUGGAUGACGGCGCCACACUCGAGCCCACCAUCGGGGCCGGCAACGCGCGGAAACCCAAGGCCAACACGCCCGCGGAUCCCAAGUCGUUCGAGGAGAUCAUGGCUGAGAAGCAGGCCAAGCCGGCGGAGGCGGCUGACCCGAACCUGAAGACGAAGACCAUGACGGUGAAGAGCGGAGACGAGGAGCUCGAGAUCAAGUACUCGGUGCACGUUCCGGAGGAGGCGAAGAAACGGCUGGAGGAGCGCAAGCGGGCGCGGGAGGAGGCGAAGGGAUCGCCCGCGCCCGAGGACAAGGCACCCGCGGCUGAGUCAGCGAAGGAGCCCGAGCCGCCCGCCGAGGAGGAGAAACCGAAGAAGAAGGCGAAGGCGGCGGAGGCUAAGGAAGACGCGCCGGACUUCUCGGGCAUGAAGGUGGCCGACCUCAAGAAGGAGCUCGUCAAGAGGGAGCUGCCGGUCAACGGCCUGAAGGCUGAGCUGAUUGCCCGGCUCAACGAAUACGAGGCGAGUCGAGCGUGAUCGAAGCCGAUCGAGUCGGGCGUACGCUGUGCAUAUAGCCCUGUUCAUACUAGCCCAUGCGACAGAAAGCGAGUCACGGUGUGAUGAAUACCACAUCUACUAUCUAACAC